UUCAAACUCUAGUAAAGGCCUAUUAAUAAGUCGCGUGAAGCAUAAAGUUGGUAAUAGAACAUAAGAUGGAGAAUGUAACUCAAAAUAUGCUAACACAAAACACUACAAUGAUGAUGCUUUCCGUAUUUAUAACAAAUGUUACAACCUCGAUUGAAAAUGGCAAUGUUACUUUAGGUUUGACAGACACGCCAAUAAAUAUAAGUAUAGAGAUUAAUAGGCCGAAAUUAAAAAGCUCAAGGGUAGAAGUAUCAAGGGUAGAACCACCACAAAUUAUUUUGAUUCCUGAAUCAGAUGACAAUUUGACGUCUAACGAUACUGGCCAAAGACCUGAGACAAAUACAUCCAACUAUAAAACCUAUAAAACAAUUGGAACAACUGAAACUCAAAGGAAAAUCUGGAACUACUGGUCACCAUUGAUCAUUGUAUUUGGUACAUUUGGAAAUGCUUUAAGCCUUUGUGUUCUUGGCCGAAAGAAGAUGAGAUCUCGGACAACAUCUGUGUACCUCAUAGCCUUAGCAUGCGUUGAUAUGGGGGCUUUAUGGAUGGGACUCGUUCCACACUGGCUGAAUUAUAUAAACACUGAUAUUCAGCCUUAUGGUACAUCAUCUGGGUGCAAAAUUCUUACAUUUCUUCUGUAUGUUUGUGUACAUUUAUCAGCUUGGAUUCUUGUUACGGUAACUAUAGAACGGAUCAUAGCAGUGUUUAUCCCACUUAAGGCAAAAUCGUUAUGUGAAAUAAAAGUAUCAUUCAUUUCAUUGCUUGUAUUGAUACUAGGGAUUAUAUGCCUUAACUUGAACAUACUCUGGAUAUAUGACAUUGAUGAUGAGAAGUGCACUUUUACCGGACAAUAUCAACAUUUCUGGAGCCAACAAUGGGUCUGGGUUGAUGGUAUCAUAGCAACAUAUCUACCAUUUACCAUCAUGAUCAUUUCAAACUUCGCUAUCAUUGGAAAACUGAUACUGCGAAACAAAAUGGGAAUAGGCGCAAAAAAGAAGCUUACAUCUAUGACUUUGACAUUGUUACUUUGUAACUUUACUUUCAUUGGAUGUACACUACCAAUUGUGUUGCUAAUGUCGUUUAAGGACAAAUGGUACCCCAAUCGUAACAAUCAUUUAGACCCAG